AGAUCGCAGAUUGCGAGGCAGCCCAUCGCGUAUAUAUCGAUGACAGAGCUCCGUUUUUUUUCAAGGUAAUAGAUGUCAGUGGAAUGUCAGCUGAUCCGUAUUGAACUGAUCGUUGGGACCGUGUCUGUCUGACCAUAACUGGUGCUAAUGUCCGCGAUAAACAUCAAGGCGCUCACCCGCCAGAACGUCCGGCGAUUCCUGAAUUCGUUCGACACCGUGCUGACGGACUGCGACGGCGUGCUAUGGAUGCACAUGACGCCCCUGCCGCAUGCGGCGGAUGUCAUCAACCUGUUCCGCAGGCUCGGCAAGCGGAUCUUUUACGUGACGAACAACAGCACGAAGACCCGCGACGACCUGGUAAAUAAGUGUCGGACCCUGAAGUUCGAGGCGACUAAGGAUGACAUUCUGUGCACUGCUCAUCUGUCGGCAUGCUAUCUACAGAGUUUGGGCUUUCACAAGAAGGUUUACGUCAUUGGUUCCGAAGCGAUCGCGAAGGAACUGGAGCAGGCUGGGAUUUCAUAUUAUGGAAUAGGGCCAGACCCAAUUAACCAGAAUGUCCCAUAUUCCAUUUUUGAGAAAGAUCCCGAGGUAGCCGCCGUCAUAGUCGGUUUUGAUGAGUAUUUCAGUUACCCUAAAAUGGUAAAGGCAGCCACGUAUCUGAACAACGCCAACGUACACUUUAUCGGUACCAACACGGAUGAGAGAUUUCCAGUUUCGGGUGACGUCGUAAUACCCGGUACGGGAAGCCUGGUCAGAUGCAUAGAGAGUUGCUCGGAGAGGAAAGCAGUGAUCAUGGGUAAACCGGAAGAGUAUAUGGCCAAGAUGCUGAUGACACGAUCUAACAUCGAUCCGCGGCGUACCUUAAUGAUCGGAGACCGGUGCAACACCGACAUACUCUUCGGCACUCAUUGCGGCUUCAUGACUCUCUUAGUUCUGACGGGAGUGAGCGCUUUGUCAGACGUCGAAAAGUGGAAGAAGUCCGAGCAACAGGAAGAGCGGGAUCUCGUGCCAGAUUAUUACAUAGACGCGCUUGGCGAUUUAUUACCAUACUUGAAAGAAUUGGAAACUGAAAUGUCAUGAAUUCGUAAGAUUUAAUCUGCAAGGAAGGAUAAUAUAUGUACCGUAACAUUUUAACAAAGUGAUUUUGACAAUGAGGUAAUUUCUUAAAGUACCCUGCAAAUAUACACAUAUGAAAUGUCUCUUACGUACUUGUACAUAAAUCUCUGUAUGUGUUUAAAUAGAAUUAUCUAAAAGAAUUUUUAAAAUAAAUUUUAACUAUUUAUACAUAUAAAUUAUGUAUGUAUAUAAAUCAAUGUAUGGUCUUCUGUAUAUAAAUAUUAAGAAGUAUUAAACCAAAAGAUAUCUUACA